AUGGGAAAGAUCAUCUUCUACGAGGACAAAAACUUCCAGGGCCGCUCCUACGAGUGCAGCUCUGACUGUUCCGACCUGCACUCGUACUUCAGCCGCUGCAACUCCAUCCGUGUGGAGAAUGGAAACUGGAUGCUGUACGAAUUCCCCAAUUACAAGGGGCACCAGUACUUCCUGAGGAGGGGGGAGUACCCCGACUUCCAGCAAUGGAUGGGUUUUAAUGACUCCAUCCGAUCUUGUCGUUUAACCCCUCAAGUGAGUUAUCGGUCCUAUAAGCUGAGAAUCUACGAGAGAGAGGAUUUCAGAGGGCAGAUGAUGGAGUUCACUGAGGAUUGCCCAAUUGUGCAUCAGCAAUUCCAUUACCAUGACAUCCACUCCUGCAAUGUCCUUGAGGGAUUCUGGAUCUUCUAUGAAGAGCCCAACUUCAGGGGACGUCAGUACUACCUGAGGCCAGGAGAGUACCGGCGAUACGCCGACUGGGGAGCCAUGAAUAGCCGCGUUGGCUCUUUUAGGAGAGCCACAGAUUUAUACUGA